AAAAAAAAAACGUAAAAAGGGGAAAAAUAAAACCCUCCUCCCGUAAUUUACGGUAGGGGCGUGAAGAGGGUUGCGCUUAAAGCGACCAAGGGAAGUUUAGAAACAAAAAUAUUUGUUUUUUGUAUGUUUUAAGCCGGUGUGGAUUCAAGUUUUUUGUGUCGAUAAAAUGGGAAAUUGCCACACCGUUGGACCGAACGAGGCCCUCGUUGUUUCAGGUGGCUGCUGUGGUUCGGAUCAGAAGACGUAUGUCGUGGGGGGCUGGGCUUGGGCCUGGUGGCUCAUCUCUGACAUCCAGAGAAUGUCUCUGGAGAUUAUGACCAUCCUCUGUCGCUGUGAGAAUAUCGAAACCUCGGAGGGUGUUCCCCUGGCUGUGACAGGGGUGGCUCAGGUGAAGGUGAUGACGGAAAACGAACUGCUGGGUUUCGCCUGUGAACAGUUCCUGGGAAAGACCGUGAUGGAGAUCAAGAGCGUCAUCCUGCAGACCCUGGAGGGUCACCUGCGCGCCAUCCUUGGUACCCUCACAGUUGAACAGAUUUACCAGGACAGAGACAAGUUUGCGUCUCUGGUGAGGGAGGUGGCUGCUCCCGAUGUCGGCCGAAUGGGCAUCGAGAUCCUCAGCUUCACCAUCAAGGAUGUUUACGAUAAAGUGGAGUACCUGAGCUCCCUGGGGAAAACGCAGACGGCUGCAGUGCAGAGGGACGCAGACAUCGGUGUGGCGGAGGCAGAGAGGGAUGCAGGCAUCAGGGAAGCCGAGUGUAAGAAAGAAAUGAUGGACGUCAAGUUCGUCGCAGAUACAAAGAUGGCCGACUCCAAACGAGAGCUGGAGAUGCAGAAAGCCUCCUUCAACCAGGAAGUGAACACAAAGAAAGCAGAGGCUCAGCUGGCGUACGAGCUGCAGGCGGCCAAGGAGCAGCAGAAGAUCCGUCUGGAGGAGAUUGAGAUCGAGGUGGUGCAGAGGAAGAAGCAGAUCACCAUCGAGGAGAAGGAGAUCGAUCGAACCGAAAAGGAGCUCAUUGCAACCGUGAAGAGACCUGCAGAGGCCGAAGCCUACAAGAUGCAACAGCUGGCCGAGGGACAGAAGAUAAAGAAGGUGCUGACGGCGCAGGCAGAAGCUGAGAAGAUCCGCUGCAUUGGUGAGGCUGAAGCAGCUUCUAUUGAAGCUGUGGGCAAAGCAGAGGCUGAGAAGAUGAGGCUGAAGGCUGAAGCCUACCAGCAGUACGGAGAAGCUGCCAAGACGGCGCUGGUGCUGGACGCUCUACCUAAGAUCACCAGUAAGGUGGCUGCUCCUCUGGCCAAGACCAGCGAGAUCGUCAUCCUGAGUGGCGAAGGCAGCCGCGUGACCGGAGAGGUGAAUCGACUUCUAGCUGAACUCCCCGUCUCCAUCAACGCCCUCACUGGGGUAGAUCUGACCAAGAUCCCUCUGCUCCAGAAGAUGACUGGCCCACAAUGCCAAGCGGCUGUGUGAUGUAUGAGACAAUAAGGCCUCAAGCAUGAAGAGGCUUCUCAGUCAGAUAAUCCCUCGUUGCAACUGCCUUCAACCAGGAACACUUGACACCGACCAAGAGUUUUUUUUUUUUUUUUUCAAACUAUUUCUAAGCGAAAUUUAGUUUUGUAUAGGAAAAAAGAAAUAUUCGCAUCAAGCUGUAUCUCAGCUUGGCUUCAGUUCGUCCUUAUCCUCCUUAGCUAAGAUGCUACUGUUUAUUCACUUCUACAUGGUAUCCAAAACAGAGCAGAGUGUGUUGUUUAAAGAUCCAGAGAUGUAUUGGGUAUUCCAGUCCAGAUUAGGGGCAGAUUCCUGCUGGAGUCAAAGACUUUCCAACUCGGGCGUUGAGACGCUGUUCCACCUCUGGAAGCUGUGCAGUGACGCAGCUGCUGCCUCUUCCUGUCUGUCGUUACAGAUGGGUUCCUAACGCUGACUGAUCUCUUCCUCUGAGUGUAGCUGUAAGAGGUGGAUUUUUGAAUCAGCUGUAUGAUGAUCCUCACUGCAGUUUAUCAUGUUGCCCGUCUGUUUCCGAUGUCCAGUGCCUGUUCAAACCUUCAUGCACUAAUUUGGAUUUAUGCCUGUCAAACAUGGCUACAGUAAAUCUGGUGUUUUUUUUGUUUUGUUUUGUUUUUUUUUCUCUUUCACUUUUAUCACACGUUUGAACACAUUUGCACCUGCGAAGCGAGAAGAAAGCCAUACAUAGCCUUAAAGGAGACCCUGGAUCUCAGCUGGGGCUGCCGAAAACUUUUCUAUUACCUCAAGUAGCAAAACGUUAGGCUGCCAUUUUAUUUCUCCCCUUUGUUCGACUUCCUUGUCCCCCCCUUCUUUGAAGUUCGCAUCAUGAGUAAUCACAUCAUGAAUCCUGCCCGUGUCCUCUUCCAUCCACGCUGACAAAGCAGAAAUGAAAUGACACGAGUUGGAAAACAAGCAUGUGAUCAGUUUGGCAACGCUUCACAUGGCAUCUGUGCUUUGUUGCUCUUUUGAUUGGUGGAUCUGAUGAAUGACUGAGUUUGAGCAGCUGGACCCCUAACUAUGAAAUCUAGAGAAAAAGUUUUAGUAUGAAGAAACGGAAUAUGAAUCUCCUCCGAUUAAGUUCUUAUUAUUAUGUCAGACCAUAGCGAUUGUGAUAUAAAUGUUCUGGUUUUAAUACCGUAAAGAUUUUUUUUUCUGAAGGGUUGACAGAAACGGAAAGGGAGGGUUGCUUGUAGUUGUUACAUAAUGUCAGAAAUCUAAAAUCUUUGUAAUCAUCUGUGUUGUCCAGCAUACUGUGAAUGUUUGGCCUACCUUUUAUUAUUGUCUUCUUUUUUUUAGUAAACAGUUGAUAAACCACUUUGUGAGGAGCUUAACGACGACUUUCCGAGUCUGUGACCAUAAACAUUUUCUUACAUUUUGCCUCCGAGUUUUAAUUUUGUUUUUUCCGUUUGUAUUUUCUGUGAAGUUUUAAAACCCUUUCUUUUGCUUUUGUUUUCUAAAAUGCUCCGUGUUUUUUUUUUUUUUUUUUUUUUACGCCUGAACAGAUCCAGGAAUCGCAUUCGCCUGCUAGCUUGUCGCGUUAUUCUCUGUCGUUUGUGUCGGCCAGUGCGGUUACUUUCAGCCGUUCCCAGGAAGUGAGUCAUUCCGACCUGACCGGGAGAACGGAUCGUUUUCCCGGUCAGUGAGAAUCAUUCAGAGACUCUGAUGUCACUCGGCUGCACAUUAAAUAAUUGGCAGCUCUCCCUCCCCUCAUCAUUCUCCGGUCACAUUAUGUUUCACAGGUUUCUAACAGUCACGCUUUUUAUGUUGAAGGUUGUAUAAAAAAAAAAAUUAAUAAAAAUACGUAGAUAUAUUAUAAUCUCACCUAUAUUUGUCAUAAUUCUGAACUUUUGUGCAGCAAUGACGCACAUUUUCACUAAACGGAAUCUCUUUGUGAUACUUGUUUAAAUUUAGGAAAUUAGAUUUCCUUAGUGCCUUUGUUAAAGUAACGAGCUCUGCAGAUUAUCACCUCAGAGAAGUGACAGGAUUUUUGUUAAAAAUGUGCUUUCGCCUAAUCUUGUAGAUGAAAAUGAACUUGAAUAUAUAGCUGAAUUGUUAUUAAAUAAGUCUAUAUACGUAAAAAGCUUUUAUUUGAAACUUUUGACCUCAUCAGUUGUUUUGGCCAUCAUAUUUGUGCCAAAGAAUGCAAAAUCAUUUGACUAAUCAGAUGCAACUUCUUGUGACUUGGUGUAGCAUUUGAGAAAGAAAUAAAAACCACAAAAAAAAAAACAUUUCUGACCUAUGCCUUAACUCUCAUCUUUGUCUGAAACACGUCUGUUGUAAUCUGUUCUCUCUGUUGAUGUUUUCAUUCGGUUUUAUUUCAUGGCUUCUCAUGUACCGAUGACUGUAAGGAGAAGCCACGCAGCAUGGAGGAUUAAGCAUGUUAUUCUGUGUUGUCACUCUAAUAUAAAGUUGUAUCACCUUCA